AUGGUGGGCGUUACGACUACAGAAUCAGUGAAACCCUCACGAGAUGAGGGGGAGAAGGGGUCAAAGCGAGAAAAGGGGUUGAGGCGGAAGAAGGAGUCAAAGCGUAAGGGAACAGCGGUGGUCGGUGAUGAGAACGAAUUGGCGGAAUUCUCUGUGGCUGCAGCAGCAGAGGAGCAGCCAAAGCAGAAAAAGUUGUCAAAGCGGGAGAAGAAAUCAAAGCGGGAGAAGGAUUCAAAGCAAAAGGGAGCUGCUGUGUUCGGGGACGCGGAUGAGUCGGCGGAUUUCGCUGAGGCUGCAGCAGCAGAGGAGCAGCCAAAGCGGAAAAAAGGGUCAAAGCUGGAGAAGAAGUCAAAACGGGAACCGGAAUCUGAACGGAAGAAGGAAUUGAGUAGCAAAGGGAUGGAGGAGGCAACGACAGGUGGUAAGAAUGCAGCAGCUGGUGUCAGGGAUGCAGCAGUGGGUGGUGAGGAUGUAGCAGCGGAGGCUGAGUGUCGAUCUGAGGGGUCUAAGCGGGCGAAAAAGGGGUCAAAGCGGAAGCAAUCCGUGAGUGGCGACGUGGACGUUAGCAGCGGCGGGGACGAGGCGUUGACAGGUGUUGAGACUGCAGCAGAGGCGGGGCAAUCACUCGGAAAGGAGAAAGAGAAGAAGACGAAGCGGAAAGGAGCUGUGCGUGAUGGGACUGCCAAUGAGGCAGCUGCAGAUGUUACGGUUGCAGCAGAAGUGGAGCAAUCACCUGGGAAGAAGAAGAAGAAAAAAAAGGAAAAGCGGAAACGAGCUGUGUGUGAUGGGGUUGCCAAUGAGGCAGCUGCGGGUGUUACGGUUGCAGCAGAAGCAGAGCAAUUACCUGAGAAAACGAAAAAGAAAAAGAAGCAGAAACUGGCAGUGCGUGAGGGGGCGAAGGAGGCAUCCAACGAGGCAGAUGCAGGUGAUAUCACUGCAGCAGAAGCGGAGGAAUCACGUGUGGAGAGGAAGAAAAAGAAGAAGUCGAAGCUAAAUGGAGCUGUGGAUAACGGGGCUGUUAGUGAGGCAGUGACAGGCGCUGGUGUUUCAGCAGAAGCGUUGCAAGCACAUGGGACGAAGGAAGAGAAGACGGAAAAGAAGAAGUCAAAACGGAAACGGACUGAUGAUGGGGCUGCCAGUGAGGCUGUUGCAGGUGAUAAUGCAGCAACAGAAGCAGAGCAAUCAGGUGUGGGAAAGAAGAAGAAAAAGAAGAAGUCGAAGCGGGAACGAGCUGCGAGUGAUGGGGUGAAGGAGGAAGAGACAGGUGCUGAGUUUGCAGAGGAACUUUCUCAGGAGCAUGGUGCAUCGUUAGCAGGUGCUACUGAGGCGGCAGCAGCAGAGGAAGGGUCUCAGGUGAAAGGAAAAAAAAGGGAAUCAGAGCAAGAGAAAGGUUCGAAGCGGGAGAAGGCAAAACGGAAGAGAGGGAAUAACAGCAACGAGGAGACCAGCAGCAUCGGGAAUGGUGCAGCGGCAGCAGAAGGGGUUGGGGUUGCAGCAGCAGGGGAGCAGCCGCGAGUGAGCGGGUCGAAGCAGGAGAAGAAGGCAAAACGGAAGAGAGCUUUGGGUAAUGGCAGCGGGGAGAAUGGUAGCAGGAGUGAUGGAGUGGCAGCGGAAGGGGUGGGGGUUGCAGUAGCAGAGGAAGAGCAACCGCGGGUGAAGGGAUCGAAACGGAGACGGGUUUCAGCCCGCAGCAGUGAGGGUGAAGCGGCAAGGGUUGAAUCAGCAGCAGGAACUGAAGCAGCAGCAGGAGGAGCAGCAGCAGCAGCAGGAGUUGAAGCAGCAGCAGCAGCAGCAGCAGCAGCAGCAUCAGCAGGAGCAGCAGCAUUAACAGCAGCAGCAGCAGCAGCAGCAGUAUCAUCAGCAGCAGCUGCAAUUGGAGCAGAAUCUGAAGCUGCACCGCUGCCGGGAGCAGAAGCAACGCCGGCACAACCAGCAGCGGUGAAAAUAGAAGAGGCAGAUGCAGCAGGGGUAGAAGGAGCAGCGGCACAACCAGUCGCACUAGGAACAGAGCCGACAGCAGCACGGGUAGAAGAAGCAGGGGUAGAAGCAGCAGGGCUAGAAUUAGAAGGGGUAGAACCAGCUGGGGCAGAACCAGCGAAGGAAACUCCUAGGGAAGCUGCUGCGGCGAAAUCCUUCGAUGUUUGCGACCGACUCGAAGAAAUUUCAGGACAGGAAGAUUGGGAUGCUUAA